AUGGGGACGCAGAGCCCAUUCCUGCGUGGCUUCGGCCUUCUCUGGGUGUUGUGCAGUAGGGGAGUGCUUGCUAAUAGUCCCUUCGGUAUGACUUGGUCCUCCAAAAGCUUCGGACCCGAUGGCCCUUGGCGUGCCGUGCAGAUCUCAAUGGGAGGAAAUGACACCGUGCUCGAUUUGUACCCAGGAGCCUCCUGGGAAAGCAAAAUUCUGCUGACAUCGAUAUGCGACAACACAACGGUAUCAUCAUACUGCUACGGAGAUGAGGCUGGUCUCUUUAAUCCUGAUGACUCGGCGACUUAUGAUGACUCUUCCAUUUCCUUGGCACCCGACGGAGACUGGUCAAACACGCAAUUCGGUGCCACUAACGCUGUUCCUGUCUAUUCUGAAGCUCAUAGGGCUCUAGACUCGAUCGACGUUGGUGGGCAGGUUGCGGAGGAUGUGGAUUUGAUUGCUAUCAGCGACGGGUACCAAAUCUACCCCAGUGGGAAGAACUAUCCUCUGGAAGUAGGCACCCUUUCACUGGGAGCUCAAGAUAUCAACCAAACAUUUACAACGUACAGCACACCGAUCAAUGGUACCUUCAUUACAAGCUACCUCUACGAACAAAAUCUUAUCCCCUCGUAUUCAUAUGGAAUGCACAUUGGAUCGGUCUCAAUGGAUAUCCCUAGCUCACUUUGGCUUGGAGGUUACGACAAAUCCCGCCCUAUUGGAGACAUCUCAACCCAGCCAACUAACGGUGGAACCCUGCCUAUUGAGUUGAUUGACAUUACUCUCGGCGUUGCGGAGGGGAGUUCGCCUUGGAGCUCAUCCAACAUUACCGGCCUGUUGGCGAAAGGCAACUCCUCCCUGAAUGCGGGACAGACUAUCAAAGUCAGUCCAGUCGACCCCUAUAUUUAUUUAGCGUCAAGCUCGUGUCAAGCUAUCGCUUCCCACCUCCCAGUCACCUACAACUCGGAUACAGGCCUUUACUAUUGGAAUACGAAGGAUUCUCAAUACACGGAUAUUGUGACUUCGCCCAGUUAUCUCGGUUUCAAAUUUCAGUUGAAUGGAGUAAACACCGCAUACCUUACUGUCAAGGUUCCCUUUUCUCUCCUCAACCUUACUCUCACAGACCCUCUUGUUUCCGAGACGACGCAAUACUUCCCUUGCAUGGGCACCGAUUCUGAUCCAGCUCUGGGGCGUGCCUUCUUACAAGCCGCAUUUGUUGGGGUUCACUGGGGUCAACGUGAAUGGGUUUUAUCUCAGGCACCUGGGCCGGACGCCUCUUUCAUUGAGAAUAUUGUGAGCAUAGACGAGGACUCGCUCGAUGUGUCAGCAUCCGGAAAUAGCUGGGAGGGUACUUGGUCCAACUCAUGGACGCCACUUUCUGCGAAAAGCUCAUCCAAUUCAUCUUCUGGCUCUAGUUCAGGCUCUAGUUCAGGCUCUAGCUCAGGCUCUUCAAGCUCAAACGACGGUAGCUCUAGUGGUCUAUCUACCGGAGCCAAGGCAGGGAUAGGAGUUGGCUGUGCUGUCGCAGGCUUGGCCAUCAUUGGGUUGGCUGCCUGGCUUAUACGUCGUCGCAAUCAUCAUAAUAAGGAAGCUAAGCUCGAAGGCGGUACUGGGUAUGUCACAGCCUCUGCCCUUCCUCCUUCGCAGGUGGUGCCGGUAGAGAUUGCAAGCAGCUCGACAGGGCCUUCUCGUGGAUUGGACUACGACCAGGGCUUGAAGUAUACACAAGGUUCUACGGUUGCCUCGCAAAAUGGAUCUUCGGUGAUCCAGAUGAGCUCUGAACAUGGCCAAUCCAUUGUGGAGAUGCCGGACCAAAGCCAAGUUCCUCGACAUGGUGUUCAUGAGCUUGGACCACGUUAG